UUUAGCUACUUGACUCUGCAUUGAAUGCAAUGUAGUGGGGAUGGUCUGUCACUAAAUAUAAACUAAUUUUCAUCUGUAGGUAUACUGGAAGCUGCAAAUUAUCUCAAGAUCACUUCAAAGGUCUCAUCAAGCAGAGGUGACGCUAGGAGAUGAUUUAAAGGUGAAAAUGACAAGGUUCCCACCCCUCAAACCUUGGCUACUUCUCUGACAACACAGUCUGAGCUCUGAUGUCUUCUUUACUCUGGCAAUAGGAUUGGUAAUGAAAAAGAUUUUUUUUUUAAAUCCUGUUAAAGAAGAUUAUUGGGAAGCUAUUUAAAAUCCUUUAUUGUGGUACAGAUGGAUUUUAAAAAGUGUUAGAUCUUUCCAAUGAACACUAAUAGAGUACUCUGCUCUUGGUUGGAUUACUCAGAGAAUGGCAAUGGUCUCUGCAAUGUCCUGGAUCCUGUAUUUGUGGAUAAGUGCCUGUGCAAUGCUGCUCUGUCAGGGAUCCCUUCAUCACACUUUCCAGCAGCAUCACCUGCACAGACCAGAAGGAGGAACGUGUGAAGUUAUAGCAGCACACAGAUGUUGCAAUAAGAAUCGAAUUGAGGAAAGAUCACAAACAGUAAAAUGCUCCUGUCUGCCUGGGAAAGUGGCUGGAACUACACGAAACAGACCUUCUUGUGUUGAUGCUUCCAUAGUGAUUGGGAAAUGGUGGUGUGAGAUGGAGCCCUGCCUAGAGGGAGAAGAGUGUAAGACAUUGCCUGAUAAUUCUGGAUGGAUGUGUGCAACUGGCAAUAAAAUCAAGACCACCAGAAUUCACCCAAGAACUUAACAGAAAGUCUCUCGUUGGAUGUAGUGAAGGAAAACCACCAACCCAAGAGGACAUCUAAUUAAAUUUUUAAACCAUCUAAGCAUUCACAAGCCAAAUGGAUUUCUAAUUUGCACUUUGACUGUUUAUCUUAUAAUCCUGGUGGUUUUAUUGUGUGAAAUGAAAUGUCCUAUUUCAAGAGCACCCUGAGUUUUGACAACACAGUGGAAAGUGAAGGAAUGGCUCCUUUGGUAGAAUUUUUGUGAUUAUGAAGUUUGAACAACCGUCCUAUAAUUUGGAUCUAUAAUUUCCUUUAUAUCAUGUAUUAUAUAUAUAAUAUUUCAAAAUAUUAUAUAUUCUCUUCAAGAAAAAAAAUACCACACUUUGAUGCGGCUUAUGUACCACAUUUUCUUUUUCCAAUGGUGUAGAAGACAUCUGCCUUUAUGAGAAAUAAACGAGUCAAUGAAAAAGAAAUGGUCUGCUAGAUGGACUCCUAGAAUUGGAGGACUCAUGAAGAUACUGAAUCAAGAGCUUUCUUUUGUUUCUAGAGGAUGGUUCAAGGAAAUACAUUCUUAUGUUUUAUUGUGUUCUGAAAGCUUUUUACUCUUGUGCAAUAUUAGCAUGUUGGCUUAGCUUACAUAACCAUACUUUAUAUUCAAUUGAUAUAUAUUAACAACUAGUUCUAACCUCUUCCAAGAAAAUCUUUUUGGAAUUAUUAGCUAUUCCACUAAGACAAAAACUAAGAUUAUUAAAGAACACCUACAAUAUGUUACUAAAACUUGGGCAGAGUUUGGGUUGAUUGGAUUUCCUUCACAUUAAAGAUAUAUGGUAAAUACAGUGUCUCAAGACUUUGUAUAGCUGUCCUAGACUGCAGUAAAAUUCCUGAUUAACUCCAAAGUUUUGCAUCGUUUACUCCAGAGUGUUGUAAAGCUCUAAACUUUACCAUGCCAUUCAGUAUGUAAUAUUUGGAUUCCCCUCUUCCCAGAAUUCCCAGAUUAAAAAAUUACAAAAGAAACACAAACUUGAUAUUACUAACAACAUGGCAGUGUGGAACAAAACUAGGAAUGUGUGAAAUGUCUUCUCUCCAAUCUAACUUAUUUUUCUUUAGUUUUUGCAAUUUGCUUUUACCUUACAUAGCUGUCUCACACAGGUCUCCAGACACCCCUAAUCAGUUUUAGCCCAGUGCAGAGUAACACUUCAGCUUGGUGCCCAAAAGUCAGUAAAAUAUUUCUCCCCAAACCUUUUUUCUCCUCCAGAGCAACCACUUCCACACCUAAUAUUUUGAGAUCUAAAACUUUGUCAGUGUAAUCACAGUGUUGUCCAGACCCGUGAGAUGAAGUGUCAAACUGCAAUGUCCUUAAGCUUUGUAAAGAAGUAUCUAGCUACUCAAGAUAAGAACGUUUGCAUUUGUUUCAUUAAAAAAAAGUUCAGACACAUCUGACCUACUUUUGAAAAACCAAAAUAUGAAUGUUUUUGAUUUUGGGUUUUUUUUUUUAUAAAACUCAUCAUUAAAAAAACAGCAAUCUGGUUCCAAAUUAGUGAAUUUACUCUUUCUAAAGAGGCCUCUUCUUAGAACUUAUUCCCUUAUCUCACACUAUAGAAAUGUUCAUCCAAAUUCCAGAUAAAAGUGAAACACAUGGCAUCUACUGAUGUGGCCUGAAAUCUAAUUGAACAUUUAAACACACUAACCCAAAGCAGAUUUAUUACACAUACUGAAGGCAAAUAGAAUGAAUUAUUUAAAUGUGGAAAAAGUGUCACUUAUUACCUUGACAAGAUUUCUUAGAUGCAUUCUUAAAUCCUUCCUCGCCAGUAGGCAGAAACAACAAAUGUUGUGAACAUCUGCAAAUCUUUGAAGUUACUGCAAAACCUUCAUUUCAAAUACUGUACUUAGAGUUUGACUUUCAGUUGAAAAUGUUUAAGCAAAUGUUAAAACCACAAAACGACGGACUGCCAUAUUAAAAGUAUAAUUAAAACAAUAUGUCAGUUCACAUGCUUUCAGAGUGACACCACUUCUCCAAAAAUCUCCAAGAAUGUUCGCAGUUCUAUGAAGGGUGGAGCUAUGUGCUCAGAAAAAGUCUUUGGUCUUCAAUUUCCUGUGACUGAGUCCUCCUGUCUCCAGAGUUCAUGCAUCCUCCUUUUGCCAAUCCCUGUAAUAGCAGGGCAAGAGCACAGGUGGUCUGGUAGGAAGAACCCACUUUGCAAAGCUGGGGAGAAGGCACUCAAAUAUUUGUAAAUAUAGUCGAGAUGAAUUUAGAUUUGUCAGUGUCUUUUUCAGAUGUAUGAAUCAUCGAGUUGUGUUUAAAUUAACAUGUACAAGCUGGGAACGUUUAAAAUACAGUAGAUACUGUCUGCUUAUUGAUUCUUAUUUAUUGUGUAAAAACUUUAUCAAAUAUCUCUGGUAAUAAAAGCUCAGUGUGGUAUGAUUUUAA